AUGGGUGCCGUCAUCCAAUCAACAUAUCACUUGGCAAUGCCAAUUCCUCAGAAUGACGGCAGGGAAGCGGCGCACAAGGACAAUCAAGCCAAUGGCAAAGAUACUCAGCCAAGACCCGGAGAUGAUUUACAGGUCUUAACUCCAAAUCCGACGAGCUUGAAGAUCAAAAUUCGCGUCCCGGUGGAAGCUGGAUCACAGGCCCCCAACACUGCUGGUCCGGCGCAAAAAACUAAGCAGACCAAGAAGAAGCAGCAAGGAAUCGAAGAUGAUGCCUGCCUCUCAGAUGGAAGUCCGGUCAAAACGGCUUUGAACAAUUCCUCCUUUCUAGCAGUCGGCUUACCUGCUACUUUCCCAACGGUCAAGCCACAACGACCCAAGCCUGUCCGUCCGACUCAACAGCAGAUCGUCCAAGCAGCAAGAGAUUUGGCCCAGGCUAGCGAAACCGCUUCAAACCCGACCUCCAAAAGGGGGAAGAAGUAG